GGGGAAUUAAAAGUGAAUUUAUAUGAAGAAUCACCUUUAGUAUACACGUCUAUUAAUUCUGAAAAUAAUGAUUUACAAAUAGACACAUGCAUCAAUUUUCCAGUUGCAGAAAUCGUUUAUAAUGGUAAUUUGUUAAAAUCCUUUUUAGAAUAUACGAAUGAUGAAAAGAAAUUACACGAACUAUGUGGUGAUUUUCUCUCAAGAAGAUUCUUAGCCGGUGGUCAAUUAUUUAUCGAGGAUUUUAAUUCAGUUACUACAACACAAGCAAGUAUUUUAAAGUAUUAUUUUUUCUGUGUAUAUAAUUCAAUUAAAUAUUCUACAGAAAUCCAACUUAGCAAGUUAUUCACCUUGAAUCUUUUACCAAAAUUAAUAACAUUGGACGGGGAAAGGAUAAAUACUCAUGAAGAAUUAAUCAAUUGGAUGAAUAAUUUGUAUCAAAAGAAUAUGGUUAAUAUUAUUUCUUAUGAUAAUCUCAUUCCCAUUUCUCGAUUAAAGGAUGAUACAUCAUUGAUUGAUGGAGAUUCUGAAACUUUUGAAGAAAAACAACCUGGAAUUAUUGAUUUUAAUGAAAAGUUAGAUUUUGACGAUUGGACUGAGGAAGUAGUUGAUGAUAAUUUAAUGGUUUGGGCCGAGGAUUUUAAACUUUUUCAUGGAUUAAUAAUUAAUAAUGAUGGAGAAAUAGAAAUUAGCGAGAAAAUUCCUAUUUACAUCAAUAGAAUUCCUGAAGCCAAUCCACGUGAUAAAACUUAUUUAAAAAUUGUCAAUCAAUCAACGGAAUUUGAUUUUAAUUUAAUCUCCAAUAAUAUUUUUUCAACUAUAAAUUUAGAUACUUUUCCAUUCACAAGAAAUAACGUAAUUAAUAAUAAUAACAAUAAUAAUAAUCAUGAAGAUUAUAAUCAUGUUUUAAUCAAAU